AUCAUGGAAUGCAAGGAGUGCUCCCCUCCAGUGAAUGGUCCCUACCAUGGACGAAUAUCAACGGCCCUAGUUAUUGCACUACGAAUCACCUAUUCAAUCCCUCUCGCGAAUCACCCCUCGCACUGAGCUGAGUUUGGCGCGCCGCGCGCGCUCUCUCCCUUUCCUAAAAUCUCUCUCUCUCUCUCUCUCUCGACAAUGGCUGCAUCGACGAUCUUCUCCGACUGCUCUUCCUCCGCAACCGCUCGUCUUCUCCCCUUCCGUAAAAUCCGCAGCAGUGCCCUUUUCUUUCGCCACUCCUCCAUUUCUCUCCAUCCAACGGCUCCAAGCCAUCGAAAAUCGUCGUCUGCGAUUGUGCCACUGGCGAUGACUACCGAAACUUCUGCAAAGGUGAUUGAUGGAAAGUUGGUCUCUAAGCAGAUUAGAGAUGAAAUCACUAGUGAAAUAUCCCGGAUGAAAGAUGCAAUUGGUGUAGUUCCGGGGUUGGCAGUUAUUCUAGUUGGUGCAAGGAAGGAUUCCCAGACUUAUGUCCGCAACAAGAAAAAGGCCUGUGAGGCCGUUGGGAUCACAUCUUAUGAAGUUCAUUUGCCUGAGGACUGCACCGAAGAAGAAGUGCUCAAGUCUAUUUUAGGCUUCAACAAGGAUCCUUCAGUUCAUGGGAUCCUUGUCCAGCUGCCUCUACCCAGGCAUAUGAACGAGGAGAACAUUUUGAAUGCUGUCUGCAUUGAGAAAGACGUUGACGGUUUCCAUCCACUGAACGUUGGUCGUCUCGCCAUGCGAGGUCGGGAGCCCUUAUUUGUUCCAUGCACCCCCAAAGGAUGCAUAGAGUUAUUGCACCGAUGUGGUGUUGAUAUCAAGGGAAAGAGAGCAGUUGUAAUUGGUCGCAGCAAUAUUGUUGGAAUGCCUGCUGCGCUGUUGUUGCAGAGGCAAAAUGCCACUGUUACUAUUGUACACUCUUACACAAAUAACCCUGAGGAAAUCACAAGACAAGCAGAUAUCGUCAUCUCUGCUGCAGGAGUUGCAAACAUGGUGAGGGGUGACUGGAUAAAGCCUGGUGCUGUUGUGAUCGAUGUUGGAAUUAACCCAGUUGAUGAUUCGGAAAGUCCACGAGGUUACCGGUUGGUCGGCGAUGUCUGUUAUGAAGAGGCCUGUAAGGUGGCUUCGGCUAUUACUCCAGUUCCUGGAGGAGUUGGCCCAAUGACCAUAGCCAUGCUUCUAUCAAAUACUCUCCACUCUGCAAAGACACUACACAACUUCAAGUGAAUUCUUGAGUUAUACCGCUUAGAUGGAGGGGGCAAAGGCGAGCUCUACAUAUCCAGCUAUGGCCUGCAGUGAUGAGACGGCCCAAUUUAUGGGUGACAUAAGUUACAAACCGGGACCCACUCCAUCAGCAGGUUCGAUUUCUCUCACAUGUGCGACUUGCGAGAAGGGAGUACCAAAGAAAAUGCCUGCGUAUCACCACCAAUCAAUUCCUUGGAAAUUUCAAUUAGUGCUUGCGUAUCACCAAUCACAAUCUUCCAAAGUAUCAUACGUUUUCAUUUUUAUGAAACGAAAAGAGAGUUGAUCACUUACAGUUGCUUCUACCACUGUUAGCAGUACAGGGCAUUUUCAGCCUCAAGUCUCAAAGUGGAGAUUGAAAAGAGCAUUUUUUGAGACGUGGCUGAAGACGCCGUGCAAGCUCUUGUGAGGUGAUCAUGUCUGUAUGGACAGUGGCUACAGCAUUUUUAAGUUACAAAGUUCAUUUUCUGGGUAUUGAAACUGAAA